GGGGUGUUGGCCGCGAGUUCGACGGGAAAAAGGCGAGGGGGCGGCGGCGGCGGCCGCUUCAAAUGGACUGGGUGGCCAAAAAGAACGACGCCCACGGCCAGGCUUCCGCCGAAAGCGGCUCGACGUCCAAGAUGAGGGUCUCGUGGGAGCCGCGCUCCACACAGUACGAACGCGAUGUCACUCGCUCCAAGUUCUACGAGGAGUUGGUGGAGGAGCUGCGCCGGAAAAUGUGCUGUCACAAAUCCCGGGAAUCACUGUUUAGUUCUUCCAGUGGAUUUUACAACUAUCGUGGAAUUUUGAAUUGGGCUGUGAUUGUACUGAUUUUGACUCAUGCUCAUAUGGUUUUGGAAAACCUAAUGACGUAUGGAUUCCUCGUAGAUCCUGUUAACAUUGUGGCAUUCCUUUUGAGUGAUCCCUACACUUGGCCAGCUCCAUAUAUGAUUGCUGUGGCAAAUAUAUUUAUCUUUGCUGCACUUCACGUGGAAAGAUCAUUGUCAGCAAUGGCAAUGUCUGAAAGAUCAGGCCAUACCUUCCAGAUGUCAAAUCUUGCAGUUAUUCUAAUAUUACCACUGUUUGUGCUUAAUGUAUUGACGUCAGCUACUGCAGGUGGGUCAAUGAUGGUCUUAAUCGUGUAUAGCAUUCUAUUACUGAAGCUGUACUCAUACCAUGAGGUGAAUAAGUGGCUCCGAGAGGAAUGGGCACCUUUAGGUCUGAGGUCAGCCAUGAAGAAACCAGGUAUUUCAUCAUGUGCGAAUCGAGGAAGUGAUCAGGAAAGUCGAUCUGACCUGGUUACUUAUCCUGACAACCUGACAGUAGCUGAUCUUUAUUAUUUUUUACUUGCGCCAACACUCUGUUAUCAGAUGAAUUUCCCAAGAUCCCCCAAAAUACGCAUGCGUUUCCUUCUGAGGCGAAUCUUGGAAAUGUUUUUUAUGACUCAACUUAUCCUUGGAUUGAUUCAGCAGUGGAUUUUACCAGUGACACGGGCCACAAUGAAGCCUUUUACUGAAAUGGAGCUGACUUUAUUGGUGGAUCACCUGCUGCUGCUAGCGAUUCCCAAUCACUUCAUCUGGAUUGUCUUUUUCUAUGGCUUCUUCCAUUCAACCUUGAACUUUAUUGCUGAACUGAUGCAAUUUGCAGAUCGAAGGUUUUAUCGAGACUGGUGGAACUCUCAGACACUCACUUACUACUGGUCAAACUCCAACAUGCUUCUUCACAAAUGGUCUGUCAGGCACAUCUACAGACCAAUGAUUGAGAAUGGAUAUACAAAGUGGGAAGGGCAAGCCUCAGUAUUUGUAUUAUCUGCAUUGUUCCAUGAGUAUCUAAUCGCAGUGCCAUUUCGUAUGUUACGUCUCUGGUUAUUUACAGGAAUGAUGCUGCAGGUUCUCAUUGCUUGGGUUCUGAGCAGAUAUUUAAAAGGAUUGUAUGGAAAUGCAAUUGUCUGGCUCUGCAUUAUUUUAGGUCCUCCUUUGGGCGUUCUUACAUAUAUCCAUGAUUAUUAUGUAUUUGAACAGCUUAAAAUAAAUCAGAAUAAAUAAGUUUUGAAGGAAGGGUAUUUUUAUUUCCUUUCUUUGCA